CGCAUCUGAAAAUAACAAUGGCGUCCUACACAAGCUACAGACGUGUCUUGGCAUCAGCUCGUCUCGUGCGUCAGUGUUUGUACCAGAGUCGUGCAUACUCAUCGCAGACAACACCUCGCAUCACCACACACUAUACCAUCCAUCCUCGAGACAAGGAUCCAAGGUGGAAAGAUGUGGACAUGGAGCGCUUCGCAGAUGAGGCUGACGUUGUCAUCGUGGGUGGAGGGCCAGCAGGGUUGUCAGCUGCCUGUCGCCUCAAACAGAUGGCCAACGAGCAGGGGAAGGAACUCCGUGUGUGUUUGGUGGAGAAGGCAGCAGAAAUUGGUGGGCACAUAUUGUCUGGGGCCUGUGUGGAGCCCCAUGCUAUUAGUGAACUCUUUCCAGACUACCUUGAGAGGGGGGCCCCCUUCCAUACCCCUGUAACAGAAGACUCCUUUGCAUUCCUCACAGAGAAGGGGCGCAUCCCCAUUCCAGUAUUACCAGGAAUGACCAUCUAUAACCAUGGUAACUACAUCGUCCGUCUUGGUAACGUGGUCAGGUGGCUCGGAGAACAAGCAGAGGAAUUGGGGGUGGAGAUCUACCCAGGAUAUGCUGCCAGUGAGGUGCUGUUUCACGAAGAUGGCAGUGUGAAGGGUAUCGCCACAAAUGAUGUCGGCAUCUACAAGGACGGAUCACCCAAAGAAACAUUUGAACGAGGUAUGGAGCUGCAUGCGAAGGUGACCAUGUUCGGGGAAGGUUGUCACGGACAUCUUGCCAAGCAGCUGUACAAGCAUUUUGAUCUGCGGAAAGACUGUCAGCCUCAGACGUAUGGUAUCGGCCUAAAGGAAUUGUGGGAAGUAGAGCCAGAGAAACAUCGUCCUGGUCGGGUGGAACACACUGUGGGAUGGCCAUUCGACAGACACACCUACGGAGGGACGUUCCUGUACCAUCUGGGGGAGGGAGCACCGCAGGUUGUCGUGGGCAUGGUGAUCGGCCUGGACUAUGAAAACCCAUACCUGAGCCCGUUCCGGGAGUUCCAGAGGUUCAAACACCACCCAAGUAUGGAGCCCUUGUUCAGGGGAGGCAAGAGGAUCUGCUACGGCGCCAGGGCUCUCAAUGAAGGAGGACUGCAGAGUGUGCCUAAGCUCACAUUCCCUGGCGGCUGUUUGAUGGGCUGCAGCCCUGGUUUCAUGAACGUCCCGAAGAUCAAGGGAACUCACAACGCCAUGAAGAGUGGCAUGUUGGCAGCUGAGUCGGUGUUCGACACCAUGUUUGAUGAGAAUCUCAACUCACCCACUGUAGGUCUAGAUCCAAAGUGUUACGAGGAACGUAUCCGGGACAGCUGGGUCUGGAAGGAGCUGAAGGCUGUCCGUAACGUCCGUCCGUCAUUCAACACAUCCCUAGGGCUAUAUGGAGGAAUCCUGUAUACUGGCCUCUUCCACUGGAUGCUGAGGGGCAAGGAGCCCUGGACGCUGUCACACAAAGGAGGGGACCACGAUCAGCUGAAGCCUGCUGCUGAAUCCACGCCCAUCGACUACCCCAGACCUGAUGGAGAAGUUAGCUUUGACCUGUUGACCUCAGUGGCCUUGACCGGCACAAACCAUGACCAUGACCAGCCUGCCCACCUCACACUCAGGGACGACUCGGUCCCAGUCAACCGAAAUCUUGCCCUCUUUGAUGGCCCGGAGCAGCGAUUCUGUCCUGCAGGUGUGUACGAAUAUGUGGAGACAGAAGAUGGCACCGGCAAAAGGCUCCAGAUCAAUGCUCAGAACUGCAUCCACUGCAAGACUUGUGAUAUCAAGGACCCCUCCCAGAACAUCAACUGGGUGUGUCCUCAGGGAGGGGAGGGGCCAGCGUACAACGGCAUGUAGAUGCCCCGACCCAUGACCUUUGUGACACACAGUACACAGCUUCAAGUUAGGGAUGUCGGCGGUGAGAAGACAGACUCUGUUUCAACUGGGCGUGUCAUAAUUCACCGAUGAUGAUACGCCUUACGAUUCAAUACAUGAUGUGCCUACCAUGAUGUAAUUCAGAUUCAGAUUGAUUUAAAAAGAAAUAAUGACAAGUUUUACAAUAACCGUUAUCAGGAAACCGCACUAAAUUUGAUUUAAUAUACUGUGAGAACUAGCCCAGAUAAACCUAUUGUGGAAGUUAAGUACACAAACUGGUUGACAGGAACCACCUAAUAUGAGCCUGGCUGUAUUGAACAUUGGGAAUUUUUAUGCAAAAACUGUGAGGUAGGCAUGUCAUGACACCCCUAGGUAACAUGAAGCUGAUGAAUGAUCUCAGGGACUAGGGCUGGGACAAGUCCAAAUUUACUACACGGGUACCCACCCAACUAUUACCCGACCCUAUCCAGGUACCUGCUGUUGGUCUCAAGAGAGAGGUACAAAUGUCCGAUUGGGGAUAGUUUGACCAUAGCCCUGGCAAAAUGUAUUUAGAUACUCAAAUAAAAUGAUCUGGUCAUGCAUACACUGAAGUUGACUGAAGUUUUAUCUCUAUUCAAACUUAUAAAGUCAGAAGAAAUGUGUGCACAGUCAGAAAGAAAUGCGAACAUUAGUCACUUAUAGUGCAACCAUGGAAGUUCUAGAUAAUUUUUGCUAUUAAACAAUAUAUCACGUGACUAACCACGGGUCCGGGUAGUACCGUGGGUGCCCGGGUCCUACUCAGGAACCACCCGACCCGAGUACCCGAGUUACCCGUCCCAGCCCUAUCAGGGACACAUCUCACCCAAUCUGUUCCACCGAUGCUGGAAGUUACAAACAUGUGACCUAUUACCACUUGUUUGUUUGGAAUUCUGUAGACAUGGGGACAUAUAUUUCUAUACUUCUUUAGGGCGGUGGGGUAGCCUAGUGGUUAAGUGUUGGCUCGUAUCGCCGAAGACCUGGGCUCCAUUCCCCACUUGGGUACAAUGUGUGAGGCCCAUUUUCCGAUGUCUCUCGCCGUGAUAUUGCUGGAAUAUUUCCAAAAAAUGCGUAAAACCAUACUCACUCACGCUCACUAUAUUUCUUUAAACAGCAAAAAUACUUUCUUUAUCAGGGUUAGGGUCAAGACAUGACAAUCUACUGACCAUUUGGGCCUGCUGUUGUUGAAAAUAUCUGAGUACCAUUUCACAAAGCUGUUGUGGUGAUAUGACUUGUGGACCUUGAAACCUGCUCCAAAAGGACUUGAAUCAAAGAACUCCUCAAGCUUUAGAUGGUAGUAUUAAGGUAUUAAGUAUUAAGGAUCCUGUGACGUGCAUGUAUAUUUCGAUUUAAGCCCAUCAGGUCACUGCCAUUUUUGUAUCAUUUUUGCUUGAAAUGGGAAUAGGGCCAGCUGUUGAAUCGGACCCAUCUCAAAGUCAGAUCGGACAAAAACACCUCAGUUACUCACUGCUGGAUGUACCCCUCUGUCACACUCUGCAAUGGUAGAAGAACAUUAGGAGUAUGGAUCAAUGUGGUAAUUUCUUUGUGUUUUCAUGUAGGCUGAGGGAGUGAAGUGAAACAUUUGAUCUUUUGGAUGUGUUUAUUUGGUGAGCCAGAGUUUGUUCUGUGUGAUUUCAAUGCAGAAAUGGACCACAUGUUGUCUAUACUGAUUGAUAUAUUCAACUGAAAAUGUUCAUUGUUUUGUUUGCGUUUAUUAUGUAUAUUAUCAUGCAAUAUAUUUAUUUGUAAACAA